GUGGCGCUUUGUGUCGAGCCUUUGAGGAAAAACGUGUAACCUCAGCGGUGACACCACCAGUGCAAAGGUUCGUGCGUAAAGACGCGUGUAUACCUGGAACCAGGAUAACUGUCUCUCCUCCCAUGAAGAACAAACUGCAAAACACUCUGGAGUUAUUUCGUGAUCCGCUAAAGUACAGACUCUGUGUCCGACGCCGGGCUGCCGUACAGCACCACACAAAUAGCAGCGCGUCUUUUGGAUCAUCAUUACGCAUAAUCUCGACGGGUUAUUCGGAGGUUUUUUUUGGUUGAGCCAACAUCAUGACAGACAGCGCCGGUUGCGAGUUCGAGAUCGACGUGGAAGGACUGGAGACGGAGAGCGACGACCAAGCCGAGUCCUCCGGCUCCACGGUGUCCGGUGCCGCGGAGGAAGACGAUGAGGUCGGACGCAUCGAGGACACCAGGGCCCCCAGCAACAGCAACAGCAGCAGCAGUAGCGUCCCUGGCCCAGGGGACCAAAGGAAACUAAGCCGGACGCCAAAAUGCGCGCGGUGCAGAAACCACGGCGUGGUGUCUUGCCUGAAGGGCCACAAGCGCUUCUGUCGCUGGCGGGACUGCCAGUGUGCCAACUGCCUGUUGGUGGUGGAGAGACAGCGGGUCAUGGCGGCACAAGUAGCACUCCGGAGACAGCAAGCCACGGAGGACAAAAAGGGGAUUACUGGGAAGCAUAUGCCAUCAGAAAGGAGAACGAUAUAUCAAAGACAAAUUCGACCAUCAAGCAUGCUCGCCAAAAGUAUUCUUGAAGGCUACCGCCCGGUCCAGUCCGACCCCUACCUGUCGGGCGGCUCUUCCUCCCUCCCGCCCCCGCUGAGCGACCGCAUGCGGAAGAGGCGGGCCUUCGCCGACAAGGAGCUGGAGAGCAUCAUGCUGGAGCGCGAGUACAAGGAGCGGGACCUGAUGGAGAACGGCCCGGCCUCCGCCUCCCUCCACUUCCCCGGGGGCAUGGUGCACCACCGCCACCACCACCACCACCACCACGCCGCCGCCGCCGCCGCCGCCGCCGCCGCCGCCGCCGCCGCCGCCGAGUACAACUCCUACAAGACGGCCUACUCGUCGGGCCCCACCAUGGAGCCCCAGCUGCCGUCCCACAAGGAGCUCUGGGGGGUGCUGAGCCCCGGCUGCCUGGAUGUGUCCAUGCAGUACGCCGCCGCCGCCGCCGCCGCGGGCGCCGCUAACCUGGAGCUCAUCUCCUCCAACGUGAGCGUGGCCACCACCUACCGCCACUACCCCCUGGGGCACGGGCCCCGCGGGGGGCCUCUGGUGCCGGGGCCCAGAGGAGGAGGAGUAGGAGCAGGAGGUGGUGGUGGUGGAGGAGGAGGAGGCGGGGGGCUGGUGAUGUGGCCCCGCGGAGCCGUGCCCCCCGCCGCCAGCCUGGGCGACGCGCUGGUGUACCAGCAGUGCCUGCUCAACGCCAGCGCGCUGCAGAACAUGAAGCCCGGCGCGGCCUGGGAGCCCCGGGGCCGGCCCGCCGCCGGGGGCCCGCCCUCGCCAAAGCAGGACGUCGGCGGCGUCGCUAAGCUAGAGGCGCCGCCGCCGCUUCGGGCGGCAGCGCCGCAGCACUCCCCCGCGGGCCCCGCCCCGUCGCAGGGGGAGGCCCCCCACCAGGGGUCGAACCAGGGGCCGAGGAGAGAGUGCUCGGCCUUCUCGCCCCCCAAGCGGGCCCCCUUCGAGCAGACGUUCCCCGACCGCCCGGGCGGCGGCGGCGGCGGCUCCCCGAGCGCGAGCCCCGGACGCGGCCUCAGCCCGGGGCACGUCCUCAGCAAGCUGAGCAAGGACAGCGCCCAGAUCACGCUCUCCAUGAAGAGGAACUCCUUCCACUCCCUGAUCCAGCACACCCUCAGCGAGAAGGUCUCGCCGGGGCCCGGGCCCGGGCCCGGGGGCCUGGAGCUCAGGGGCCCCUACUGCAAAGAGCUGCUGGAGGAGGCGGCGCGCAAGUACAGAGAGGGGCUCUCCGCUCGGGACAUUCAGGCCGUCAAGGGCUCGGACGGGUACCCCAAAGACUCGCUGUCUAAGCCGCUGGGGACCAAGCUGGGCUCCGGCGACUCCCUGUCGUUCUCGGUGGAGGCCAUUCUGAAACGGGCCCCGGCCCCCGUGAACCGAGCCUUCCAUUAGAACCCCCCCGUCCCCCCCC